AUGGAGAGCAGCAAGAAGAAAGGCUACGCAUGGGCGAUUUCAGCCGGACUCAACGCUGCUCUCGCUGCCAUUUCCGCUAAGCUUUUCUCAUUUCAGCUUGUUAGGUACGGUCUGGUCAUACUCUUCAAUGUGAUAAUGUGGGGAUGUUAUGUUAAUAGCCUGAAAGCUCUCUCUUCUCUACAAGCUACUGUGACAAACUUUGCGACCAACUUUCUGUCUUCGGGUUUAGCUGGGUUUUUCCUCUUUGAAGAAGCAUUAUCCUUUCAGUGGUUUGCAGGUGCCCUCCUCAUUGUAAUUGGCGUAUUUGUUCUCAGUAAGUCGAGUAUAGAAGGGAAGACACGCACAGAUUAG